AUGAUGAGGAUCCUCAUUUUUGUACUCGUAUUUUUGAUUCAUCUUCAACUGGUCACAAGUUUGAGCCCUCAAAAAGCUUGCGAAGGAUUCCUGUUGGAUUGGUGGAAAUAUAUGAGCUCGCGUGACCUUCGCAUACUUCAUGCAAAUUUUAAAGAACACCAUGAAAAUGGAUGGCCAACUACAAGUAAUCAACGUUUUUUUCAAAAAUUCAGCUACAAAACUCUUGAUUUUCAGAAUGGACUAAGAAGGCCAUCAUGGAAGGCAAAUAUUCCGGAUGGAGAAAAACGUACGAGGAAGCUUUGGCGAACGGAGAUAGUUUUUGGGAAAUAUUUUGGGGUUAUAAUAUUGCUCAAUUUACUGUGGAUGGUCUUUUGGAGUGGAAGAACUUUGAGAAUCGCAAACUUUCCCGUCGAUGUUUUAUGAUUGAAGACGCAUCUAUGCCAGGAGGUUAUAAAGUGUUGAAAUGCACGCUUUAUACAGUUUAG